CUGGCGAGCUGCCUGCGCUACUAAGCUUCGUUAAAAGCAAUUCGUUCAUGCCUUGCCACUAAACACCGCACUUCGCGUAGUGGGUAUGAUCCAUUCUCGGCGGCGAAGCAAGCAAGAAAAAGGCGGUAGCUAGGGCCACGAACAGCGACAAAUUUCUGGAAAAGAUGAGGUCAAUUCUGGCGACGCUGAUCCUCGCUGUCGUUGCCCUGAGGACCGCCGGUCAACAACGCGACGAGGAACUUCCCUUCGACGACCUUAUGGCAACCAUCUGUCGUAAAUAUGAGAAUGUGGCAGACAGAAAAGACGCCAUCACGUGCGUUGGGGACCGAAUGGAUAUUGAACUAGAAGCCAUUGUGACAGAGUGCCUCCAGAGACAGUACAGAUUUGGCAAAAUCAGUGCUCAAACUUUUGACAUGCUGUGUGACGACGACAGCAGAAAAAUGGAUCGCGUCUAUGACUGCGUCGAUGACCAGGCAGACAGCCAAGGCGGCCGCGAUUGGACUCUCGAUGAGGUCGCAAAAUACGUCCAGAGAGUCAAGUAA